AUGGCGACGAGCAAAGUGAAGAAGCAGCCGGUAAUUAUGGAAGAACACAAAAUGUAUCUUCCCCAAGAACUCACCAUUAGCAUUCUCAAAAGGCUUCCUGUGAAAUCUCUUCUCCGAUUCCAAUGUGUUUGCAAAUUCUGGAAGGAUCUCAUCAAGAUGAGUUUCUUCACCCAAAGAACCUUCCCCAACUCAACUCACCAUCAAGGCCCUUUUCUUCUCCUCCACUGGGAAUAUUUCCCCUUCGAUCACAUGCAGUUUGAUUUGCUGCAUUCCGACAAGAAAACCCUUCAGCCUCUACACGCACCUUCCAUAACCGAUCUCUUCACAUCACAGGUUCGCGUCAUUGGUUCCAGCAAUGGCGUGCUCUGCUAUUAUGUAAAGCUAAUUGCGUAUGAGAACAAACCUGUUUUGCUUUCUGAGACUGAAUUGUGUAUGAUGGAGAGGAUGCUACAGGUGGAUUUGGGGAUCGGAGAGAUGGAAUUGUACUAA